UUUGUAAUACCAGUGACGCACUUCAAUACCGCCGGAUAAGGUUACUCGUCAAACGUUUGACGGAGUUAAACAGGGUCGCUCUCACAGCAUGCAACACUUCAAUAUGGCGUAUGCAAUGUUUUCAUCAAAAGAGAAAUAGUUUUUUUUGUGAUACGCCUUGAGCUGUAACUGCCGAAGAAAAUACCCACGCCAUUCUGCCGGAAAGUAUUCCAUGUUUUCGUGAGAAAUUGCCAGAGAUAUGACGUGUUUGGUCGGCCUGCAUUACUUGUUACUUGGAUUGAUCUGUUCAGUUUUUUGUCAAGUCCGGCAAGUGAAGGAUGAGAAUACCGGUCCAGCAUUUAUUCUCAACUCGGAUUUGUACUUGUCGGGACGAGUGAAGAGCCAGGAUGGACUGUUUGGUAUUUUCCGAGCGGAAAACAGCCAGCUCGGUACUAACUUGGUCGUUUAUGUCGACUUCAACAUGCAGGAAGUUGUUAUCCGGAUGCGCUCUAGAGACAGUCGAAGCUACAAGCUAACAUUUCCUGUUGAAGAGCUACGACAACGCGAGUAUUUCCUGUUAACAAUCCAUCUAAGCAAGUUAGGAACCACAUCAAACGGCAUAGCACUAUACAUAAACUGUCAGCUUAUUGGGCGAGACAACACUGAAGUCCCGCUAAGGGAAGGAUUGCUGGGGGAACCUACUAUUACGAAAGAUGAUGCCUUUAAUCUGUACACGAGUCCGUCCAUCGAUGCUGUCUUUCACAACCAAGGUUGUGACGACAUGCCCGAUCGGAUACUCACCGUACCCCCGCUUGUCAACACAGACAACGUUGCGAACGAGGUUCCACUACGCCCUCCACCAGUUAGCAGAAACUACGAAGAUGGAGGCGACCGUCUCACUCUUGACGGGAACAGAUACAACGAGGUUCCGAGGGCAGUUCCACACUCUGGUACUAAUUACCAUCACUUCCAGAGUUUGGCAACUACCAUGAGAGACUUAAGCUAUACAGUCCGACAGCUUCAGAGGGAAAUCCAAAUGCAGACUAGGGAGACCAAGUAUCUACGAGAGACCCUUCGUCAGUGUAGUAUGUGUCGCGGUCCCACCAUAGUGUUGCCAGAACAGGAUCGACGUAGAGAAAUUCCACUUCCACCAGAACGAACAUGCGCGCUCAAUCCUUGUUUUCGGGGUGUACGAUGCGUUGAUACAGUACGUGGGUACCGGUGUGGUGCAUGUCCAAGAGGGUAUCUUGGUAAUGGCAAACGGUGUGAACUUCCGCCUACUUGUGCUAUUAAACCGUGUUUUGAAGGCGUGACAUGUGAAGACACGCGUGCUGGUUACCAGUGUGGACCUUGUCCUCCUGGCAUGACAGGUGAUGGACGGAGGGGCAGUUGUCGAGUAAUUAGGAUUGGAUGUGAAACAAAUCCUUGCUUCCGAGGAGUGCAAUGUACGGACACAUCCGAGGGUUAUAGAUGUGCCAACUGUCCCCCAGGAAUGACAGGUGACGGACGGAUGGAUGGUUGCCAGGUGAUAAGGAUAGGUUGUGAAACAAAUCCUUGCUUCCGAGGAGUGCAAUGUACGGACACAUCCGAGGGUUAUCGAUGUGCCAACUGUCCCCUAGGAAUGACAGGUGACGGACGGAUGGAUGGUUGCCAGGUGAUGAGGAUAGGAUGCGAAACAAAUCCAUGUUUUACCCGUGUGGAAUGUAUCGACACGACCGAAGGAUUCAUAUGUGGUCCCUGUCCCUCUGGUAUGACGGGGGAUGGAUUAAAAGACGGCUGUGUCAUCGUCAGGAUUGGAUGUGACUCCAGUCCCUGUUUUCCCGGGGUCAAGUGCACCGAUACGGAAGAGGGAUUCCGAUGUGGUAAUUGUCCGAUUGGUUUCCAGGGCAAUGGCACAGUCUGCACUAAUGUAAACGAGUGUGAGCACCAUAACCCGUGUUCUGACUUAACAGAAUGUAUAGAUACAGUCCCUGGAUUCCAAUGUUCCGAAUGCCCACCGGGUUAUGUCGGAAAUGAUGUUGGAGGAUUUGGUGUGGAAAUGGCACAGAACCAGACACAGGUGUGUGAGGAUAUUGACGAAUGUAUGACUCUUGACGAGCUUUCCGGUGGAUGUACAGAAAACUCCAUAUGUGUCAACACUGUGGGAAGUUUUGUAUGUGGAGAUUGUGACGAUGGUUACAUUGGAAAUCAAACUUUUGGAUGCCGAAAAAUAGGCACGCAGUGUCCGGAUGGAAUUAUGGAAUGUGACAUCAAUGCAAGAUGUGUUUUGCGUAGAGGGAUAAAGGGAUUCGUUUGUCAGUGCUCUAUUGGGUAUGCCGGUGAUGGAUAUGUUUGCGGAAGGGACACAGACGUCGACAGCUGGCCCGAUGACAUUCUCUCCUGUAACGGUGUCAGGUGUAAGCAGGACAAUUGCCCUCUAAUUCCAAAUAGUGGUCAGGAGGACACCGACUUUGAUGGUUUAGGAGACGCAUGUGACGAUGAUAUUGACAACGAUGGUAUCAUCAAUUCACCGGACAACUGUCCGUACGUCGCCAACCCUAACCAGACCGAUGAUGACACCUCGGAUAUACAAGGCGAUGCGUGCGACAAUUGUCCCCGUAUUCCAAACGCCGACCAGAAGGACACCGAUGGUGAUGGUAUCGGGGACAUGUGUGACCCAGACAAGGACAAUGACGGGGUGUUCAAUCAGGAGGACAACUGCGAGUUAACACCAAACGCCGAUCAAACGGACACGGACGGGGACCAGUAUGGCGAUGCCUGUGACAAUUGCCCUUUCGUCCCUAACUCGGGCCAGAUAGACUCCGACAAUGAUCUCAUCGGCGAUCUAUGUGACUCUAACGACGAUGAUGACCAGGAUGGUGUGCAGAAUACAAACGAUAAUUGUCCUAAUGUUGUCAACUCGGACCAGACAGACACGGACAAGGACGGCACAGGAAACGCUUGCGAUGAUGAUGACGACAAUGAUGACGUACCUGAUGAAGAAGAUAACUGCCCCCUGGUGUUUAAUCCCGACCAAACUGAUACCGAUGGCGACUAUAUCGGUGACGUAUGUCAGGAAGAUAGUGACGGCGACGGAUACCCCGAUGCAGAGGAUGUCUGUCCGGAUAAUGGCGAGAUCCAUUCAACCGACUUCCGAGCCUUCCAUACUAUCAUCUUGGAUCCCGUGGGAGACUCACAGAUAGACCCCAAUUGGGUCAUCCUCAAUGAGGGAGCUGAGAUCGUACAAACCAUGAACAGUGACCCGGGGAUUGCCGUCAGUUACACACAAUUCAGUGGAGUCGACUUUAGUGGGACGUUUUUCAUCAACUCAGAGGUAGACGAUGAUUAUGCCGGAUUUAUAUUUAGUUAUCAAGACAACGCCCACUUCUAUGUCGUCAUGUGGAAGAAAGCUACACAGACGUACUGGCACCCGACGCCGUUCAGAGCAGUUGCAGAGCCUGGAAUACAAUUAAAACUUGUGAAAUCGGAAACUGGGCCUGGGGAGUUCCUCCGUAACGCACUAUGGCACACUGGUGAUACUAAAAAUCAGGUGAAGUUGCUCUGGGUUGAUCCUCGUAAUAUCGGAUGGAAGGAAAAAACUGCCUACAGGUGGGAACUCAUCCAUCGACCAGAGAUCGGGCUUAUUCGGGUGUUGUUCUUCGAGGAGGCGAGUCUGGUGGCCGACUCGGGGAAUAUAUUUGACAACACUUUACGUGGUGGCAAGCUCGGAGUGUUCUGUUUCUCACAGGAAAUGGUCAUUUGGUCAGACUUGGUGUACCGGUGCAACGAAUAUGUGCCGGAUGCACUGCUGAAUGAAGGUGCUGACCCGCUUGAACCAGGAACAGAUCUUGAAGAGGAACUCAAAAAUUCUAAUUCAUAAAACGUGACCGCAUCACAGUUAACGUUGUUAUGUGCUUUUUGAAAACAAUUUUCAUGUUGCUGGCUCAUAACUUAAUAGUAUGAUGUGCUUUUUGAAAACAAUUUUCAUUUUGCUGACUCAUAACUUAAUGAGAUGAAUCAUCAACUACAAAUUGGUGCUAACUUUAUGUUGAAUUUACUUGAUUGGAAAUGAGUGUAUUGGUAUUCAUUGUGUACAUAUUGUCUUAUUUGUAUAUACAAUGUGCAUGUACACUAUGAACCUCAUACUUACGGAUUUUAAAGACAAACCACUAUUUCAUAUGAUGUUUUGAGACAAAAUAAAAUGAAAUAUUUUACACGCAAAAAAACGUGUUUCUAAGUAAGUUAGAUAUUACAGGUACGUCCUGUUAGAGUCGAGGACAAACGUGUAUAGUACAAUGUUCUCAUUCAUUAAACAUGUUCAGGUAUCGUACAAUUUUAGCGCUUCUGUCUGAGUUGUAUAAAUUAUGAAUUGGUCGAGUAAGAGAGGAAACGCAGGAAACUUGUGUAAGCUAUCUUUAAAGAGACUGGUAUCUUUCUUAGCAACGUAAACAACGACCUAUUGUUCUAUAAAAUAACACUCAAGAUCUUAAACAGUAAUCUACCAACUUCUGUCGCUGAAAUUAUCCGCUAUGCUGUUCAAAACAAUAAUAAUUGUUAUAUGAUUCUUCAGAUUAGAUAGUUUCAUGUAAUGUUAAGCGUGUUUUGAUUGAUAUAACUACACGUAUACAGGUGUGUUAUGAAAAUAACAUGUCAAAGUUCGUUUAGCCUUGAGUUUACGAAAAAGAUCUCUUCAGUACGAUUAUGAAAGUGAAAACAAAAUGAUAUAAGGUAAUUGUUUUUAAAUCAUUUAUUCAACUUGUCAAUGAGAGACAUUUGCCUGAAAACUAGACAUAUUUUUCAGAUUAAUAUCGUAGACACUGUGACUUUCGACUUUCAGGUUUAGUUUCACUGUCUUUAUGUUGUAUUUUUGCCCCAUUCAUUUAAUUGCAUAUUAAAAAAAAAAAAAUUGAUAAAAUUGAACAAAUAAUUAUAAUAAAGUGCUGUUAAUCUCAAAUGUUUUCAUGUUCAUUCGGGUAUUAUUUGUUUACUAUAUAGAUAAGUUGCUUGUUUAUCCGGACCCGAUUGUACGGCGUUGUACUCAUUUUUUCAUGUGCAUAAUGUUAUGUGAAAUGUACAAAAAUGGCAAUAAAGUCAGUGUUUGUACCUAAA